CUCUCUCUGUGUGUGUGUGUGUGAGUGAGAGAGAGGGAGGGAAGACUAAAGUCUUUUACUUAGAGAGUGAAACACGACUCGACUACAUCAUCUUCUAUUUCAUUAUUACAUCGGCUAUGACUGUGAACACUUAACAAGGGCAAAACAUUGCGUUUUGUGUACCUGGGUUACGGGAUUUCACAUCGGACUUUUCACCGGAAUACUCGUCGUAACCUUCAACGUGAUGUGUCGUUAUUGGGAUAUAUACAUGAUCCUAUGUUUCUCUGUCAUGUUCGUUGGAGUUGAAAACGUAUCAGAUCAACUGCCUCCUCCGAGAAAUCUUAACUUUAUAUGGCAACUUUAUACAUCGCCUUUCACGUUACAUGUGACCUGGGAAAUCCCCGAGGGUCUGGAUGCUAACUGCAAAGUGAACUACACAGUGGAAGUGCGCUAUGGGCAGGACUGUCCUCCCAACAAUCGGCUACAAACAAUAUGGCGAACCAGUAACUUGGGCCUCACAUUUAAUGUGUCAAAUGUGAAUGGACUGUGUAUCAUCGUUAAAACAAACCCUGACAUCUGUGGAGACAAGAACCAAAGCUCACCAGUCAAAAUCACCAUCCCUCCACCUCCAGUGAUGCUGGUGAGAAACUUGAGCUGUUUCUAUUAUUCCGGAAACAGGAUGAAGUGCACUUGGGAUUCUGCUGCAGAUGAUGUCCAAGACCUCCGAUUAUAUUACUGGUUGCCUAUGACUGAAUCAGUCAAAGAGUGUUCAGAUGUAACCAAUGAGAUGAAGAAAACUGGAUGUAUCAUACACAGUAAAUAUCUCAAGGAAUCAACAGAUGACAUGUUCUAUCUGUUUAAUGGAACUCACAAGGGAAUUCCUGUUAACAACACUUUCAAGGACAAAAAUCCUUGGAACAAAGCAAAACUAAACACACCCGAACUGAAACUCAAAAGAGUCGGGCAAAGUCUCCAUUUUCAAACGAUCAGACCACAGUUUUAUGAUUAUGGAGAAUAUUGCUUUGGCUACAAUUACAUAUACAGCAAGUGCAAUGAAGAGAGUGUCAAGGUGGAGGGAGAAAUAAACCAUACAAUUGAAUAUGACUCAGCCUGCAAGUACAGAGCCAGAGUGUGGAUCAUCUUCAAAAACUGUGGUGAAGGGAGAAGUGAUCUGAGUGACGAGGUGGAAUACGGUGAGAACAGUCAUCCGAAUUUGCCCGGGUUUCUGGCAGUCAUUAUUAUCCCUCUCAUAGUUUCCUGUUGCCUGAUAGUGUCUCUGGUGCUACUCAGAAGGCACAAAAACAUCAUACUCCCAAAAAUUCCAGAACCAGGGCCUUUCUUUAAGGACAUGUUCAAUAACAAUAUCAGAACGCCUGAGGAUCUAAGGAGCCUUGAGAUUUGUAGACUUUAUGUCCCCACUGAAGAGUUCGUAGAAAGCAAGAUAUGUCUUGAGCCUGACCCCACAGUCCUUCACAAGUGACCAUGAUGAAUGUGCCACACAUGAAAGGAAUAAAACCUGAAACCACUGUAAAAUGUUCAGCAAUGGAUUAAAACAGACAUUUAAAUCAGGGCGGACUCAAAGACUAACGUUUAAACUUACUACAACUCUUUUGUCCAUCUGUAUCAUCAAGGACUACGAUGAACACAGGAUGCUCACUUUUUCUACAUGUACUUUGACCUCACCGAUUAGACAUUUUCCUGUGUUGCCUGUAAAUUGCUCUACCUUACAAAAACAGCUUGUUUAGAUGAAUGUAUUGUGAAGAUAAUUGAAGCAAUCAAUGAACUUUCCUGGAGAAAGUUGGUUGAAUCUACUUAUCUGGAAGGUGGAACCAGGGUUGUGCAGAGGCCAAGUGGAAUACAGAAGCUUCAACUCAAUCCAACUAGAAACACGACAUAAAAAGAUUCAUGGACUAUGUGAAAAAUAACCAUACUUGAUCUCUUGUACACCAUUGCUAAACAUUUCCAUGCUGGUAUAUAUAGACAAGUUAUACAAGGAUUUGGAGCUGCACAUUGUUUACCAACUAAAUAUUCUUAUAAAUGCACUGCUACAAAAACUUAUGUGUAAAGAUAUUAGGUUUUCUAGACACUGUGAAUAAUGUUAUAUAAAUAUUAAAGUAUGUUUUGCUUUACCUGGAGUAUCUAUGUAAGUGCAAAUGUGUAUACUAUAUGUUCACAACUUCAUGACAAGACAAUGCAUAUAGAAACGGUAACAUGACAAACAUUCAGACAUAGAUAGCUACAAGCAAAACAAAUUAAUUUAGAGUAAAAGUAGAAAGUAUAUCAAUAUUUUAUCAUGAUUUCGGAGCACAGAUUUUUGGUUGGCAUGUGAAUAUAACAGCAUCACAUUUAAUAUUUGUUUCUUGUUAAGACACAUUGUAGAAGGAUUUUCAAUGAGGCAAGGAGACGGAUCGAUGACAAAUUACACUGACAUAAAAGAAUGACAGAAUAAACGAUAUUUUAUUCUUUUUUAUGGAAUGGACCUUACAAA